AUGCUCGACCUCGAAUCAUUUAGCUUGUCUUCGCUGUUUUCUGUCGAGGGAAAAACUGUGGUCGUUACCGGAGGAGGUUCAGGACUCGGAAAAGCAAUCGCCGGCGGUUUUGCGUUCAACGGCGCCAAGGUCUACAUUGUGGGAAGAAGAGUCGAUGUCCUAAACUUGGCGGCAGACGAGAUCAAUGCGACGAGUCGAGGCAAAGUCAUACCACUACCCGGCGACGUUGGGUCUAAACAAAGAGUCGAUGAGUUCGUGACUGCGCUGCAGACGCUCGAGGACCACGUCGAUGUAUUGAUCAAUUGCGCUGGGAUAAAUCGCGCCUGGAAAGCCGAAGCAUCAGAGUUUGACGGCCGACAUAACGAUCCCGAUGCAGUCGAGAAGCUGUUGUGGCAUGGUCUCGACGAUGACGACUUUCAGUCGACCUAUUCAAUCAAUGUCAAUGGUGUCUACUUUGUCAGCACGAGGAUGGUUCCCCUCUUGCGACAGUCAUCAGCUCCGACGGUCAUAGUCAUUGCCUCCAUAGCAGGAAUGAUGCUACAGCGGCUGCGACACUACACUGUGCAAGUCUGCUCGCCUCGCGAUUCACACCGCAAGUUUGACGUUCCAGUACUCGAGGUUCUGUGUGCUAAUGCGUCUUUCAACAGCUUCAAGAUACGGGUUAACACGAUUCUCCCCGGGAUUUUCCCCUCCGAAAUGACUGGCGUUUCUGCGAAACCUGAUCUGAGCGAUCUGAUCGAGUCCAAUCCCCAAGCGGCAAAGGCAGUUGCGCGAUGCCCAGCUGGGCGAGCGGGACUAAGAAACAGAGAUAGUUGGGCCUUGCCUCCUUUUGGCUUCGGCGGCAGGCGGUUACAUGAAUAA